AUGGAUCAGGGAUUCCCAUGGCAGACUCUGGAACAAAGAGAAGUAUAUCGAAGGCAUAAUAACAACCCCAAUCUAGUAAAACAAGCUGAAGGGAUUGUAAGGGCGACGCGAAAUGGCGGCAUGGUGACUUAUUUCUGCAUCUCAUCUACAAAAUGGUCGCAAGCGCUGAUCGUAAAAGCAGGUUCGAGACGGCAAUUUCCAUACAAUAACCCCAUCAAUCCACAGGAUGCAAGCAACCCAUGGUUGAUCACCGGUUAUUCUGGACGAUCGGAUCCCGCAUUCCAUAGAAUGAUGCAAGAAUAUUGGGCACAAAUGGGUGGUCCGUGGCACAUACAUCCCUUCGCCGUGUUCAAGUGGAAUAGAAACAGGUGGCAACAACAACCGGUAAACGUUGAUGUUGUGAACCAGUGUCUUCGUGCCACAGUUGACGACCAAACAUUUUUGCUUUAUCCUGCGGCUAGCACGUUUAAAAUGGAAGUUAAAACGUACUCUGCUGGCCCCCAAAUGCAGACGCAGUAUAUAAAUUUUAAUUAUUAA